CGCUGUUGGGCCGUUGGUGGCCCAAAUAGAGGUGGAUCCGAUAGCCCACAGGCUUGGCGGGUGAACCCAAGAUUUGUUGUUGGAAUCUCCGGCGAGGUUGGUGUAUGAAUUGAUAGGGGAAAUUUCAGCUGAGGCCGACGAGCUGGAGCUGCUUAGUGCUCGUCUUCCGAGUUCUCACCUGAUCAAUUAGCGGCUAAUUUGUUCUCCAGCUCCUCGAAAUGGCGAACCCAAUGUUUCGAGCUUGGCUUCUCUGGUGGAGAAAGUGGGGGAAGAAGGAGUGGGCCAUCGCCGCCGUCGGUUUCGCGGCCGUACUCUUCACGUUGACCCUACUGAUCGAAUCGGGAACAGAGGAUCCAUCGGCGAUUGGCAACCGACCACUCGAUCUGCCCAUCAGCGCCGACGAUCCAGUGGAAUUGACAUUGCUGCGGAAUGCCAAGGAUAGAGGCGCAUUUUGUUUGGACGGGAGCUUGCCGGGUUACCACUUCGAGAAGGGUUUCGGGUCCGGAUCCAACAAGUGGGUGAUUCAUAUUGAAGGUGGAGGUUGGUGCAAUACAAUCGAGUCGUGUUCGUAUCGUUCCAGAACGGCGUUGGGUUCCUCCAAGUUCAUGGACCGCCAAGUCAUCUUCGCCGGAAUGUUAAGCCGUGACCCCUCCCAAAACCCUGACUUUUACAACUGGAACAGGAUCAAGAUUCGGUACUGCGAUGGUGCAUCUCUGGCUGGUCACCCUGAAAGCGAGUUCAAGAAUGGAACGAAACUCUUUUUUAGAGGACAGCUCAUUUGGGAAGCCAUUAUGGAUGAACUCUUAUCAAUGGGCAUGGCCAAGGCUAAGCAGGCUUUUCUUACAGGAUGCUCUGCUGGAGGAUUGGCAACUCUGAUCCAUUGUGAUGACUUCCGCCACCUUUUGCCGAAGUACACGACUGUGAAGUGCCUUGCUGAUGCAGGUUUUUUCCUCGAUGAGAAGGACGUUGGUGGACAUUACACCAUGAGAUCUUUCUAUCAAGACGUUUUGCUCCUUCAGGGUGUGGACAAAAGUUUGCACAAGAACUGUGUAUCCAAGACCGACCCAUCUCAGUGCUUAUUUCCUCGAGAAAUCAUAAAAAACACGAGGACACCGAUUUUCCUUGUCCACCCUGGUUAUGAUUUUUGGCAGAUACGGAACAUUUUGGUUCCGGAUGUAUCAGAUCCUAGCGGACAUUGGCGGAAAUGCAGACAGGGUCUUCAGUACUGUAAUUCCACCCAGAUUGAAAUACUACAAGGUUUCCGUACAUCGCUCCUGAAUGCGUUGGAUGAGUUCAAGCAAAACAAGGAAGGCGGAUACUUCAUAAAUUCGUGCUUCAUCCAUUGCCAAACGUGGUCUUCUCCUGCGUGGCAUUCACCCUCUUCUCCAAGAAUCAACAAUAAGACGAUUGCAGAAUCAGUUGGCGAUUGGUACUUUGACCGACAAGAAGUGAAGCAAAUCGACUGCCCUUAUCCCUGCAACCCUACUUGCCACAACAUGGAUUUCGCUCAACUUUGACCUUAUAAGUCCCAUGAUGGCAUUAAACUUCCUGUUUAUUUGUACAAUGUUUGAUAAUUCCAGCUCUAUUCUCUCUAUGCCAAUAGACUUGUACAUUUAUACUCUUUCUGUACAAUUCUAGACUGAACGAACUGUCUUCUAGUGUUAAUACAACUGGAACACUCUACUAUUCAAAAGUGGCAAUUCUAUCACGAAUUAUUCAAUAGGACAAUCUUAGUACAACAUAUGUGAGUGUCAUGAGUGAACCGAUUCACAUUGUUUGCUUCUGUCUGAAGAGAACCAAAUUUUGUGCGCGUAAAAUUCAAGCGAUCCAAGUUGCUUCACGCUAGAGGAUGUGAUUGGUUCUAGGUCAUGCACAGAUUGCUUCCAUAGGCCACAAUCCACAUGUUGAUUGAUGCCUAUUGUUGCAAUUAAGCCCUAAAACCCUGCUAAAGUAAUUACAAGCUACACACGACCAUCAGACUUGUCGAGCAAUCCUUCAUAUUGAAUUUCAGAAUCAACAUGUUUAUUACAAACAUAAAAAUCAUUUGUGAGCUCCAUCUUCACUCAACACCUGAAUAGGCCCUGGAUAAUUGCGCCUUUCAUGUCCUUCAACUCAUUAUGUUGAGUACCGCUUCCGAACUCGUCGGGGUAGCGUUGAUCUAUCCAUCUCAUUAGAAAUUUUGUUUACUCUCUAUCUACCUUUGUUGCGCUUCCUAUGCUCAGGAGGGAAUACCUCAGUUCCAUGGUAUUUAGGCCAAUAAGCUUCAUGAGCUAAAGGUACAAACGAGAGUUCUAAAGCCUUGAUCACUGAAUGAGUCUUGUACUUCAUGUGCUUUUUUUUACUGUGACAUAGGCAGGUGCCUUUCUUGAAACUUUUCACAACUGCAUUCCCCUGUUCCCUCUGAGUAUUAAAUAUGAAAUUUUAAAGUUACCUCCUUUCGUGUUGUUGUCUGACUUGCGAUUUCUAUUGCAAAUACCUCAUCUCAUCUGUUGAACAAAGUACCCUAGGUGAGUUGGAACUUUUAUUCCAUGGAUCCAUGUCCUUUGUGAUAGUUUAUGGGUUAAUAAAUCAAUCGUCAAGAAUCAUCGUGGCCCUUUUGUGUUGCUAAAUGAACUACUCAACGAUCCUGAAGUAGAUGCGCAAUAUGAGUGCUUAUAUUGGCAUUGCAUGGAGGCAAAUAUACAAACCAUUGAGGCUCUCACCCAUGUUCAUCAUUGUGAUGUCAUAUAUAUACUCUCCAUCUUGGUGUAAUAUCCACUUCUCGAAAUCAUGACUAUCAAACAAGUCAAUCCGCAUAUUUCGGAUGGUGGGAUCUUAUAUUCUUCAUCUUCUCAUCAUGCUUUUAGGUAAGGAUUAAAAAUUGUAUCGUACUGGCGGUUCAACUGCUAAAAAUUGAUACCUGAUCCAAAACCAGAACGGUAUGAUCAAAGGAGGCAAAAAAACUUGUGUCACUCAGUUUUUAGCUAUUGAACCACCCUGCCGCAAUAUUCUUGCCGAUUUAAAUCAUACUGGGCAGUCCGGGGGGAAAAAUAGUUCUCCAACUUCCAGACGAUGUCAUUUAAUCACAUUAGCGACAAAAGGCCAAACCCUAAUCGUUCACAACCACUCAAUCAUCCCACUAAACACCCAUCUUCAAUUUUGUACCAUUUAUCGUCCUCUUGUUCAAUAGAGCAGUUGCUGCUCUAGUGCUCUGAGCAAAGCCACAAACCACCAUACCUCUCGUCUACCGACGACCUGCAAAACAUUAAGGCCAACCUGACACAACUUCCCACGCUCGCCAUUACUACUUUGUCAAUCGAGCGACUACGAGCCAGACUCCACCCGUUUCUGCGCCUCUCCCGCUCGCCUACGUUUGUUUGUCGUACGCCAUUGUCAUCCAUUGUUGUCGUCUGUCCUUAGGUACCCAUCUCGACCAUCGAUAAAAAAGAAGGAUUCAU